AUGCUUCAGCUGCUGUCACUUGGCGGAGACGCCGACCCGACCAAACCGGCAUUCACGCCGUCCGCGUUCCCGCACAUCUGGGACCACAUCCUCGAACUCGUCGACAAAUCGGCCCUCACGGCGCUCCGCGCGACCAGCCACGACCUGCUGGAUCGCAUCGGCAAGGAGCUGUACAGCCACGUUGCAGUUCACAUCGACAUGUCGAAAGGAAGCCUGUUCAUCUGGCUGAGCGAUCCUUACACGCAGGGCCGAAUUCCAGGCUUAGACUGGAACUCGUCGCCGCUGGAUCGUGGCCUGUGCCUCCGUCGCCUCGAGUCACACUGCACCACGGUCGACGAGGUGGUCCACACAUACCAGCCACAGCGUUCUUGCAAUUACGUGGUUUGCUGGGUGCGCGACCAGCGGCCCAUUUUGGACCGGCGCGCGCUGGUCGAGCUCGAGGCCGCACUGUGCAAUGUCACCACUCACCGACGACACGGGAAGGAGUAUCAGUCCAUGUUCCACCUCCCAUGCGUCCGUCGGCUGGUAGCCUUCCUCACCGCGCCAGGCUAUGGGAUGUUCCCCACUGUUAGCCGGCCAUACAAUCGCCACGAUUGGCGGUCACCGAAGGCGUUUGUGCCGAGCACUGGGGUACGUACCGUUGUGAUCAACAUGCCGAUGGGGUCGUAUGCCAAGUUCCUGGGGGACAUCGAGAACCUCUCUUCCGUCGUGGUCAUCUUGCCUACGGUCAGAUGGACCUCGUCGCUCUGGAACCUGCUGGUCACGGCAUCAGACCUGCUCCCGAGGGUGCGGUUUUCUUUCCUCGGCCUCGAGGCGAUCACCCAUUCGUGGGAGCAGUGCGACCUCUGCGGGCAUGAUAGCCAUGACCCGGUUCCCGAGGCGUGGGCCAACCGCCGCCACAGUAGCCGCCGCGAGAUUGCCUUAUACGUCUGCUGGGCCAAGGCCACCCGUGACGCUGAAAACAGCGUCUGGCAGGAAGUUGAACGCAAGACCGACUGGAAGCGCACCAAAGACACUGUUCCCGGGAAGAUGUUUGAAACCUACGUCGACUGGAAGAGCCGUGUUGUCAAACACGAGCGACUUGUCGACCGCAACCCAGAGGCCAUUGCCGAGAUUGGGGAGCUGCUCGAUGCUAUCACGGUCGAGACGUUGGAGUCGCAGCGCAAAAUCAUGGGGGAGAAUCUGUUCCUCCAAGCCACCGUCCCGCCAGAACGAUCCAAACUCAAUCGCCGCCGUUAG